GUACCUAAUGAUGUACGUACAUAGUACAAGGGAUGAGGGCUGAGGGCUGAAAACCAUAUUGCGACGAUAAUGGGGUCAUAACAAUAUUUAUACGUUAACACUAUUUUUCUCAUUUUAUUCGUUUUCGUGUCGAUUGCCUCAAUUGGCCAUGUAGCGAAACGAAUAGCUUGUCAUAUAGUUUAGGAGGACUUUGGGUUUAAACUACUAUAAAACUACUAUAUAUCACAAUGGGCAAAACAAGAACGAACUCGGAUCAGCAUCAAUCUCAAUCUCAAUCUCAAUCUCAAUCUCAAUACCAGUCAGAUCUCAGCCUAUAUCAGCCGCAGCAACGCUCUUCAGUUGGUUUUAUCGGCCAGUCAUGGUCAGCGAAUAAGAUUGUCCUAGUCGCUUUAUCUAUAACAUCCUGCGCCAUCGUGCUAGGCAUCUCAAUUGCGCUCGCCGUCGAUCCCGAUAUCCAAAGUUACAUUGUUGUCUGGACGGCUCCGCAGGCCGGCGCGGCUCUGCUCUGGUCCGGUAUCGACCUCGCUACAACGUACGCGGGAAGAAUAAACCACCGGCUAAUCCACCCGGGCGCUCAAGUAGCAGUACAGCUCUUACUAUGGAUGGGCUUCUGCGUUGGAAUUGGUUUGACGGCGUAUAUAUUGUCGUGGGCGCUCACGUUCGCUAGCUCGGACGAUCGCGAUGCUUAUCCCGAAUACUACGAAUAUUAUCAUGGUGAUAAUAACGACUAUUAUGAAUAUUAUAGUAAAUCCUACAUCCGGUCAAUGGAGGCCCUCGUAGCGUUUCUGGCUCUUUUGAUAAUUGUACAUUUCCUCUUAUUUUGUUCAGCCUGUAUAAAAGUUGCCCAGCGCAAAAAGAUUAACAGCAAGCCUAUCACCAUACCUCUUGAGCGGUUGGGUCAGCUAUCAUCCGGGGGACACGAGAAGGAUAACGGAGACCAAAACGGCACUAUAUAAUUAGUUUGAAUCCUGGGUAUACGUAGAUAUCACCAGGGAAAGGCGUUGUAUGGGCACUAGUGGAAUUAGCUAUUUCCCGAGGCAAAAUAGAAUUUCAUCUUUAUAUGGGAUGGUGGUGUGGUGAGCUUUAAAGGAAGGUUAUGGAUAUCGAAGACACUAGGAUUAUACUACCUUUACGAAACUCCUCUUGAUACAUUAUCUAACAUAUCCGUGUCCAAAUAGAAGUAUCCCUUGAGGUUCUGUUACAAGACUAGUUAAGUGGUUGCAUAGUCGUAAAGAUGAAUCUAUAGAUAAUACUAGCAACUGACUAUUAUACUCGAAUA